CUCGUGACGGGAAGCAAGCACACGUGACCGUGGUAGCAUCGAGGGCGUGGUAGUGUGUAGGUUUGCUCGUGGGUCUGGCUUACUAAUCAUAUUGUUUUCUGGUAUAUAAUUCACAUGUAAUUACGUGUUGACGUAAUAUUUCAACACUUCUGUUUAUCUGUUUCUCUUGGGUGCUGGUGGGCGGGAUGGUGGUGGUGGUGGUGGCGGUGGCGGUGGCGGCGGCAGUGGUGGUGGUGGCAGCGGGGAGGACAAGCAGUGGCGGCGUGGCAGUGUGCGCGGAGGCUGUGGCUGCUCCUAGUAUAUAAGAGGCGCAGCGGGACGGUCAGGCUGAGUCGAGUCGUGUCGAAGUAACCACGGUGGCUGGGAGGAGCGAGAGAUGUGUCUGUCAUCAGCGGCGCCCUGUGACAGUGGCGGCGCCUUAAUGCUUCCACAGAAACAGAAGAACUACAAGGGCACAAGUGAAUAAAUCCUGGAGGUGUUUAUUGAUCUGAACACUUGAGGUGAGGGAGGACAAUGCUUACGAGGAGAAACAAUACUAAUACUUCGUGAAUGUGAGCAUAUUCCUGGUGGGUACUUAUGGGAGAUGACUAAAGUAAAAUCCCUGUAAGGUCAGAAGAGGGUCACUGACUGAUACUUGGACUGAACGGGAGCAAAAAAAAAAAAAAAAAAAAGAAAAGAAAAAAAAAAGAAAUGCCUGCCAAGGAAAAGAACAUUGUCUUCUGUGUCUUUAUACAUUCUUAGUGGUCUCACUCCUGACUUGUGAACUUAAUUAAAUAUCCUCCUUAAGAUCAUAGGAAGCUUGACCUAAACACUUGAGGUGAACGGUGCAAAAAUAACUGCCAGGGAGAAAAACAUUGUCUUUUGUGUGUAAGUACAUUUCUAGUGGCUUCACACGAGCUGUACUGGCUUGUGAACUGAUGCUAGAAGUUAGUGUUGUGAAAAUGCCAGUCAGGAAAGGGAACAGUGCCCCUUGAGUGUAAAUUUCUCCGUAUCGGCCAUAGAUGAAUUUUAAUAUACGGCCUCUGCGUCUGUGACCUCUGAAUAGAUGCCAAACGUUACUGCGGUGUUAACAUGUCAUUGAAGGAAGGGAACACUGCCCCUUGGGUGUAAAAACUCUACUUUGUUGGCCGCAACUUGAGGUGCACAGCCUCUGCUUGUUGUGUCCGACCCGUGACGAGGCGAUGGAGGCGUCAGUGGCCCCUUCGCUGCUGGAGGAGAUGCUUGGCUCCUCUGAAAGCGACCUCAUCUUCGGGAAUCUCACUAACCUCUCCAACAACCUGUCGUGGCUGUUCAACGUGUCGGAUAGCCUCAACAUUAACAUCGAUCUCAUUAACAAGUUCCAGCGAAACAGACGUGUGGAUGAUGGCGCCUACUACGCCCUCAUCGCCAUGUACAGCGUCCUCAUCGUGCUGGGCUCCACCGGUAACUCCAUGGUGGUGGCGGCAGUCAUCCGGCAGCCCGCCAUGAGGACUGCCCGCAACGUGUUUAUCAUCAACCUGGCUAUCUCGGACCUGCUGCUGUGCCUGGUGACGAUGCCCCUCACCCUGGUGGAGCUGCUCUCCCAGUAUUGGCCACUCGGGGACCAGCCCUUCUUGUGCAAGCUGGUGGGCACGCUGCAGGCCACCUCCAUCUUCGUGUCCACCAUCUCCAUCACAGCUAUUGCCCUCGACAGGUAUCAGGUGAUCGUGUACCCCACCAAGCAGUCUCUCAAGACAGUAGGCGCAGUGCUGCUACUACUCCUCAUUUGGGCUGUGGCGUUCAUCCUAGCGCUGCCUAACUUCAUCUGGCGCACGCACAGACACCACGUCAUCAACCUGCCCGGGCUGUACUCCGUCAACUUCUGCUUCGAGGAGUGGCCCACGAAGCACGGCGGCGGGUACUACAGCGUGUUCGUCAUGCUGGUGCAGUACUGCCUCCCCAUCGUCACCGUCAGCGUCGCCUACGCCAUGAUAUGCAGGAAGCUCAAGUUUCGCCUGACGAAGAGCAACGUGAGAUCGUCGAAGCGAAGCGAGCGAGACGAUCGACGAAUGAAGAAGACGAACACACUUCUCAUCGCCAUCGCCCUCGUUUUCUGCCUCUCGUGGUUGCCGCUCAACCUGUACAACCUUAUCGUCGACUUCUGCAACCCAUUCGGGGAGGACCUGGAGACCAUGCUGGUGGUGUACGCCGUAUGCCAUAUGAUGGGGAUGUCAUCGGCGUGCUCUAACCCGCUCUUGUACGGCUGGCUCAACGACAACUUCAAAAAGGAGUUUCUGGAGAUCAUCAGCAUCCUUUUACCUGGCAGAGCCAGAGUGUCUUCCUCGCCGAGAGGAGAGGAGAUCACUAAACUUCCCUCGGCGAGUCAGGGGAGGCCGGCGGAGGAACGGCCAAUGGUGAUGUACACAAAGGCCAGCGAGUCACAGGUGAACGGCAACCACGGCACCUCCCCGAAGGAAAUCACCUACAUCAAGCAGGUGGUGACCAACGCCACGCUAUAAAAUCCUUCAAGACACCCACACACCCGUCCUGACCACGGUGGCAGGAAAGGCUGAGGGCACUGUCAAGCAAAGAGCCUCCUGCUGGUGACGCUGAGCCCCACGACACCACCGCGGCGCCCUCACCCAGUCCCGCCACGGCUCAACACUCCGCACAACCCCCCCCCCCAUCCCCCAACGCACUCCGGAGGCUGCUUCCUCAACUUUAACGGUGCAACGGGAAACAGGACCAUAUUCUGAAACACUCCUGCGCCGCUUCACUACUUUCAAAAGGCUUUAGUUGAAAUAACACGGGUUGUUUUUAAGAGUGUUUUUCGGUUCUAGUGACGGAUUAACAAGAUUUCUACAUCAUUAGCAGGAGAAACACUCUUGAGAAACCAGAUAAUCAUCUAUGUGGCCUUUGAAAAUAGUCGUGGUGAGAAAGCAAAGCGUUUCUGAGUACAGGCCUUAGUGGGACACCUCCCCUAAGUCGCGCCAUCUACCGCUACACCGGCCGCUUCACGCACUGAAGAAUAAGUGACAAUAAUACUAAAUCAUGUUUUUUUUUUUCCUUCAUAACUUGCUGGAAGUGAGAACAGUAGUCCUUGUCAUGAAGCGAGGUCACCAUAUCUGUCUAUCUAUUUCUAGUGUCCUUCAUACGCACAGACACACAAAACUCUUAACUUCCUGCCUCCGUUUUCUGUCCACUGUUCGAAGGAGUAACGCCCCACGAUGCUGUGAACUAAUAAGGGAUCUUUCCUCCAGACGGGAUGGUGGCGUUGGUUGGUUCGUGAUACGUGUCAAUAUUCUGUAGCUGUCUAUAAGUACCUGUCACCUAUGAAUAAAGCUGUGAGUGGCU